GAAUCUGAUUUGACUGAUUAUAUGAGGCACCAAAAGUAUAAAACGUAAGCAAAUCCAGGUAGAAACUCCAGUUUGCGCGACUUUGCACUUCAUUUUGCCUCGCCGUGGAGGCAAGCUGCACCUGAGCAGUGUUAUCGAGCUACUUACUUGUAGAGUAACUAUAAUCGCACAGCUCCAGGCUUGUUGCUGCGGUCUCGACAUUUCACCAUUGCCCGGGGGCCCCCAAACUCAGCCCCGCAACGAAAGACACGAGGCAAACUUCUACCAUAAGCUAGUAGAUAGCAGACGACCUGGUCUGUAAUCACACCUAGGCUGGCGACCUAGGUCCGGCAAAGCGUGUCGUCUGGGGGCACAAUGCCCUAUGAUGCACAGCCAGGACGGGCGGCAGGCGGCGCCGCGAACGGGCCCGGCACGCUGCGCUUCGGCGCGACGUCGGAACGGCCCCAGAUUGAUCACCCCUCGACCAAGUACCGGGACAUCGAGAUGCCCAACGCCGUGACGAUGCAGCGCGCGGCGUCGCCGACAAAGCCCACCCUGCCGCGGCGGUCAGAGCCCAAAACGUGGCGUGCCACAACCCGCGACCGCUACCCGCUCACCGCCAGCCUCACAGGCCCGGGCCGUGCCGGCAAGCUGGGCACGCUGCAGGGCGCCAGUGGCGGGCGCUACGAGGGCGAGGUGCUGGCGGGCCGCCCGCACGGCCGCGGCCAGUACUACGUGCGCAAGGCGGGCCCCGGCAGCGAGUGGGUGCUGCAGUACGAGGGCGACUGGAUCCAGGGGCGCAGGGAAGGUGGGCAGCUGCGGGCGAGGGGGGUUGUAAAUACCAGCCCAGGCGACAUCUUCAUCGGCAACUACCUGGGUGACCGGCGCGAGGGCAUGGGCACGUUAUACAUGAUGGCCCGCCAGAAGAAGUACGUGGCCGAGUACGUGGCCGACCAGCCCAAGUGCGGCACCGUGCUGGAGAUCGAGGACACAGACCUGCAGCCGCUGCAGGGCCACCUGGCCUCCCUGGCCGCCUGCCGCAAGCUGGACGCGGCGGCGGCUGGCGACGCCAUCGCCCGCCUGCCGCCGCUGCAGCUGCUGCAGCCGGCCAAGGUGCUGGCGCAGCAGGUGGUUGCGGUGCGGCGCGGGCGGCAGCUGGGCGGCAGCAAGGCGCUGGCGGCUGUGCAGGCGGCCAGUGGCACACUGGCGGAGCGGGACAUCGAGAUGCUGCGACACAGCUUCACACUCAUGGCGGCGGGCGACGGCCCUGACGUGGGCCUGCUGCCUCACCAGCUGCGGGAGCUGGUGGUGAUGGCGGGGCUGGACCCGGCGGCGGCGGCCACCCGCUCCCUGGUGGAGGAGCUCAUGAGCAGGAGGAAGGCGGCCACGGGCCGCAUCAGCGCCGCCGCGGCGGCGGCGGCGGAAGCGGAGGCGGAGGCGCAGGCGGAGGCGGAGGCGCAGGCGGAGGCGCAGGCGUAUGGAGGAGAGUACGGAGGAGAGCAGGGGUACGGCGAGGACGCCGGAGAGUACGGCACCGGUAACGGUGGAGAGUACGGUCACGGUUACGGUUACGACGGGGACGGCGGUCGUACGGCGGGCGUGGAGGCGGGCGUGGAGGCUUUGGGGCUGCAGGAGGAGGGGGCUGGGGGGCAGGAGGUGGAUGCGGAGGCGAGCGCGGCUGCGGCGGCGGUUGCGGGGCUCGUGCCGGUGGCGACGGAGGGCGCGGGUGAGGAUGAGGCGUUCAUCCAGGAGGAUGGAGGGGAGGAGGACGGGGGGGAGGGUGGGGAGGAGUACGGGGAGGGGCAGGGGGAGGGCGGGGAAGAGGGGUACGACGACGGGGCGCAGUGAGCGAGCAGCGGCGGGCGCGUGUGUCUUGUUUGGGGUCGCGUGAAUGGGGAAGCACUGUGUGUGCCUGAGUGUGACAGGAUGCCAUGGGUGGGUUGCCGUGGCCACGUGUGGAAGGGAAACAACAAGCGCGCGGCCACCCGUGUGCAAGCGGGAUGCUUCAGGACCGUGUAGAGCGCGGUGUGUUACGCAGUACCAGCGAACAGUGGGUGCACGUACGGACGUGCUGGGCAUGCGGCUGCUGCUGCUGUUGUGCCAGCAGUGCCGCUGACGAAGUGAGUUGUUUCGGCGGAGCUUCGGUCACUCGGUGACACCUGGCGCAGCCGGGCGGCUAGGUGCCAGGCAGAGGUGCAGGUGGCGGCAGGUCGAGGCAAAGAGCUGGGAAUGUAUCGUGCGAGGUCGUUGUUGAGUCGUUGACUUGUCACGAGGUGCAACGUAUCAUAGCCCUGCUGCCAACUCUGUUUCUGUGCUUCCCACUUGUCGGCGAGGCUUUGAUACGUUAUAAACAAGCAAGCAAGAGGACUAGAAGAGCACCAAGCGAAGGAGUUGUUGUUGAUUAUAGUAGCUGAAGGGGUGGGCCUGUAAGGCACGGGCAGCAGCUGGCAGGGCAGCCUCCCACGGCAUGUGUGCGAUGGGCCAUUCUGCGCACGCCCCUAUGGAAUGCGCCAAGCCACCGCACCUGCUUGAGGGUAUGGGCAUCAGCUGCACCCUACGGGACCUCGCCAACCUGCCUUGAACCCUGUCCCAUCACACCCCCACCUGAAGAACAGCGACCAUCAACCUCGAUGCGUACGUGCCUCAGCACACAGCACAGCUGAUGACGAGUGUGGUGGGAACGAAUGCGUACGUAGACCAGAGCGGACGGCGGAGUGGGCUUGCAGGUGGCACGAGAGUAGGCAGUCAGUAGCGCAAGUUGCGAAUUCACAUGUUACCUCGUAACCGA